AUGAAGACUACAUUUCACCACAUAUGGAACUGGGAGACCUUCAUUCGUAUACCUGUUGAAAGCUACCAAGAAAUUGUAAAACUACAGCACAAGGUGUUGCAAACAGUAUUUGAUCCUCAGUUAAAGCCAGUCACUGCAGAUACUGGUGCUGAAUCUAUUGGAAAAACCACAUUCUUAAGAAAAGCAAUGUUGGAUUGGGCAUCAGGAGACUUAUGGAAGAACAGAUUUCAGUAUGUUUUCUUCUUUUCUCUCGUCUCACUUAACAGCACCACAGAGUUAAGCCGAACUCAGCUUCCCUUAAGUCAGUUGUCUGCAUCUUCAGAGACACUGGAUGAUGUCUUAUCCGAUCCGAGGAAAAUCUUGUUUAUCUUGGAUGGAUUUGACUACCUGAAAUUUGACCUGGAACUCCAAACAAACUUGUGUGACGACUGGAGGAAGACGCUGCCGACACAAAUUGUCUUGAGUAGUUUGCUACAGAAAGUAAUGCUCCCAGAAUCAUCUCUGCUGCUUGAAUUGGGAAACCCAAGUACACCCAAAAUCUGUCCCUUGCUAUAGUAUCCAAGGGAGAUAACUGUGGGAGGACGCAGUGAGGAGUCUAUAAAGUUCUAUUGUGUGUGCUUUUUCAACGACGUUGAGAAAGGCUUAGAAGUCUUUGAUUAUUCAGUGCAAGCAUUGCCUGAAUUAUGCAUUAGUCCCUAUAUGUGCUGGAUGUUCUGUAGUACCAUAAAGGGGCAGUGUGACAGAGGAAAGGAAACAAACUUCUUUUGUCCGUCAGAUCCAAUUAUGUUCACAAAAUUUAUGGUGAGCUCCUUCAGAUCUGUGUAUGACAACCAUCCAUCUAGCAGAGCCCGACCAAAGACUCUGUGCACCGUGGCUGCAGAGGGAAUGUGGAAACAGGUAUUUGCGUUUAAGUCUGAGGAUCUCAGGAGAAAUGGAAUCUCUGAAUCUGAGAAGGCAUCGUGGCUGAAAAUGAAUUUUCCCCAUUAUCAAGGUGAUUGCUUCAUGCUUUCCCAUCCAACACUACAGUCGUAUUUUGCUGCUGUAUUCUAUUAACUCAGACAAGACAAAGACGAGACCCACCCCAUCAUUGGAAGCCUACCCCAAUUCCUAAGAGAAGUGUAUGCUCAUGGACAAACCCACUGGCUCCGGACAGGGAUGUUUGUGUUUGGCAUUGCUGCUGAAGAAGUCACUGCCAUGCUGAACCCACACUUUGGUUUGAUACCACCCAGAGAGAUGAGAGAGGUUAUCUUCAACUGCCUUAAAAGUUUGAAUCAAGGAGAGUGCAGUAAGACACUGAGUGACCAGAGUUUGAUCGAUAGCCUAAUUGACAUCCAGAAAGAAAAAUUUGAAACCCAAGUAUUGGAUCUAUUCGAAGAACUGACUGUUGAUAUUAGUGAUGCUAAUAAAAUGACAUUGGUUGAAUACAGUCUGCUAAAAUCUCUAAAAUUAAAAAAACUUCGUAUGCAUAUACAGCAAAGAGAUUUUUCAGAAAUCUAUAACCCAGGAGAUGGUGACAUAGAAAACUUUAGACGACACAAGAAGUCAGACAUGUGUUCGCUCAACACUGCCUGCUGUGUAGACCUCGCCUUGGCUCUCAGCACAUGCAGAACACUGACCAGGCUGAGCCUCGACUGGGUCACCUUGGCCCAUGAUGGGGUGGAGCUGCUGUGUGAGGCUUUGACUUGCAGAGGUUGCGCCGUGAAGGUGCUGGGACUGGACGAAUCUGCACUUUCUGAAGAGUCACAGAAGCUACUGCAAGAUGUGGAAAAGAAAAAUAACCUGAAUAUUUUGCAUUAUCCAUGGGUCAAGGAGGAGAACAAGAUGAGGGGUGUUCGUCUGAUCUGGAACAGCAAGAACUGGUCUUGAAACAACAGCUUUUUCUGUGUCGUAUUUCUCCUAAACAUCCUGCUCCAAGAUGCACACCUGGUCCUGGUAGCUGGUUCCAGGGUUACUUCACAGUGCUCUGUCUCCACCUGCCUUUAUAUAUACUUUCCCUCACCACUUUACAAUCUUUAGAUGACAAACACACUCAAACUCUCAGCGUGUUUGAAAAUGAAUGUUUACUUAAUGGCCGUCUUAGAGUGUUGGGUUGGAGACUGAGGAGACCCUGAUUCUCUUACAGUUCUGGUUGGGAGUGAUGUUUGUGACAUGUUAGACUUGGCGUCAUUCUCAGUGCAGCUAACAUCACCUGAACUGUAGUUCAUGCCACGAUCCUAAGAGACACAAGCAUCACCAGGCAGAAGGUGGGACGCAUGAAGAUAAUGUCUAGAAUCCCCAAAGUUAAAAUCAAGAAUCAUACUUUUUGGAAAAGUGAUCUGAAAAAUUCUUUUUCUAAGUCCCAGAAAUCAGAGCGAAGGUUUGCUGUUUAUUCCUUCAAAGAGGGGCUGGAAAGAUAAGUCAGGGGUUAAAAGUGCUCCCCACUCUUCACAGGCCAGAGUUCAAACCCCAGCACCUACAUUGUGUGGCUCAAAACUGCCUGUAACUCCAGCUUUAUGGUAUCUGAUGUGCAUUUCAGGCAUCCGCAGGCACCACUUGCAAGUACACACAGAUCCACAUACACACACACAUAUACGCACACACAUGUAUACACACACAUACACACAUAUACACAUG